UUCACCUUUCCAGGAGGAGACAGUGAGUGAAGCAACACCUGAGACUUCCCAUUUCCAGGACACAGCAGAAACAACUUAAAAUGCUCAUUUAUACUCCAUUAUUUAUGGUCAUACAGAUAAGAAUCGCACCAAUUUCACGCAUUACUGCCACCUACUGUGUACUUGAUCCAGAGACUCUAACCACUACCCCAAUUUUCCGUGAACUUGUUUUGGAGCACAUCUUAUGUGUCACGUUUUGAUUGGUUCACUGUGUUCAUUAGGUUCAGGUGUAUCUUGUUAUUCAUUAGUCUCUGUGUAUAUUCAGUAUAGCACUCAUGUUCCCAUUGCCUCUUGUCUACACACUUUGUUUGUGUAACCACUGGUGAGUUUAGUUCAUGGUUAAGUCAAGUUCAUGGUUAUGAUUAUGUUUAUGGUUAUGUUAUUUUUAUUGCCAAGUUUAGUUCAAGUCAUUGUUUUGUUUGCUUGUUGUGGUUUGUCAAAUAAACUGUUUAUUAAUCUUGCCUUCAGUGGACUCCAUGGUUAAGUUGACUUGGAUAAGAUGAGGCCAUUCCCAAAAGCAGUAUUAUUAAGGAAACUGGGGCAAAAUCUGACACAUAUUCAAAAAGGGGAAAAAAAGGAAACUGCAAUAAAAACAAAUCUUAGACAAAAUUGAGACACUAAGGUUCACCAGCAUGUGUCAUAUUAUAGUUUGCUAAAAUGCUUCUAUAUUUUGUUUUAGGCAUAUAAUCAAUGGAAAGAUGUAAAGAAAUGCACUUUUGGAAACCAUGUCUCUUUAAUAUUUUGAGGUUUAAACAUACAUUGUGUAUGUAAUUGUUGAAAGUAAAAAAGCUUUUGUUUUUCUUAUUGCAGGAAUCACACUUUGGGAUAAAGAGCAGCUGCAGCAGAGCAUACGCACUCGUCCCCAAAUCAAUACAGGUUUCAAAGUCACAGCUUCAGACUCAAUUGAAGACAAAUCUAACAUACUAAACAUUGACAGCUGUCUGAAAUUGAGUCUUUUAGGUGGACUACUUCAUGUUAGCGGAGCUGCUAAGUUCCUUAAUGACACCAAGAAGUCCUUCAAACAGCAAAGACUGACCUUGCAUUAUCAUUCAACCUCUAAGUUUGAAGAACUGACCAUGAACCACUUGGAUUCCGGAAAUAUAACUCACCAUGAGGUCUUUGAGAAUGAUACAGCAACGCAUGUAGUGACUGCAGUGCUGUAUGGGGCAGAUGCCUGCUUUGUGUUUGAUAGAGAAGUUUCCUCAGAUGAGAAUGAAAAGACAGUAGCAGGAGAAGUGCAAGUUGCCUUGGAUAAACUAAAAGGCAUUUCAGUAGGUGCAAAUAUCAAUCUGAACAUGAAUGAUAAUCAGAAAACUGCAGUUAAAAAAUUCAGUUGUACAUUUUAUGGUGACUUCCAGUUACUAUCUAAUCCAGCCUCUUUUGAAGAUGCUUUGAAAAUGUAUGCUGAACUUCCAAAAUUGUUGGGAGAGAACAAAGAACUGGUCGUUCCAUUGAGAGUGUGGCUUUUUCCUUUGGACAAACUACACACUAGAGCGGCAAAACUUCAAAGAAACAUCAGCAUAGAUCUAAUGAAAAACUUUGAAUCAGUCAUUGAGAGUUUAAGCGCAAUUGAGAUGAAAUGCAGUGACCUUCUAAAAGACACACCUGCUUUGACUUUUGCUGCAUUUAAUGAUAAAAUAGAAAACAUGAAGCAAAACUGUUGCAACUACAAGUUGCGUCUCAUGAAGAAACUUGGGAUUCUUUUGCCAAAAAUCCGCAGGGACAUGGAAGAGGAUACAGCUCUUACUGAUCUUCUGCACGAGCAUGAGGAGUCUCCAUUCAAAGGAAGUGAUCUGGAACAAUGGCUGAAAGAGAAAGAAAAUGAAUCAGAUGUGUUUAAAACUUUGCUCAGGCAACUAAAUGAUUUUGGAGCAAAGGUAGAAAUCAACGUAGACAAAAGUUUGAUGGAUCUGAAAGUUGAAAAUUUGGUCUGCUACACUUUUACAUCCUUUGAGAGGUCAGAUGUGCUCCUUUCUAAACAAAAGGAUUACCUGAGUCCUUCAUCAAGGAGAAGCAUCAAUGAGAGCCCCACUGAAUCCAAGCAAAAUAAAUGUCUCACUCCUGAAAUCAAAAAUACAAUGAGGAGCAACUUGAAGUUGUUUAAAAGCUUGAUCAAUUCAACAGACCGAAAACCUGCUAAUUUUAUAAUUUCAUCAAAAGAAAUGGGGAAUAAUUUAGGUUCCUGCAUUCUCCUGUAUGAAAAUGGAUGUGAUGAAGCUGUUUGCUUCACUCCUCCAUCAAAACCAGACAGUCCCAUUGUUGAACAGGUCAGAGAUGGCAGUGUGGUUUUAAAGGUAGCUUCGCCAUGUCCUGCUACAGUGGAGCUCAGGUUGCUCUACAAAAUGAAAAGAGAGACAGAAUGGAAAUCUCAGCCUGUACUGCAGAACCAAGAUACAGUUACUCUGACUGAUCUCAGUCCAGACACCGAGUAUGAGGUUAAAUGUGCUGCAGUGGGGAGACUGAACUACAACAUAUACAGUGAUGCCAUCAGAGUUAUCAGUGAGAGAACUACAAGGAACAAAGGAGAGCAGCUGCCUGCAUUUGAAGAAUAUUUUACAAUAUCACAGGAAGAACUUGAAGAUCUCAAAGAAUGCAUAUCUACUCAGGAUCUCCCAUCAGCGAUAAACACAAUCAAAGAAUACCUCAAACAGCAAGAUCUUGUAGAACUUAACAUUGGUGUGACGGGAGAGUCAGGUUCUGGAAAGUCCACGUUUGUCAAUGCAUUCAGGGGUUUAGGGGAUGAAGACGAAGGCUCUGCUAAAACUGGCACAGUAGAAACCACUAUGGAGGCUGAAGCUUACCUUCACCCUAAAUACAAAAAUGUGAAAGUGUGGGAUCUUCCUGGAAUUGGAACACCAAACUUCAAAGCCGAUGAGUAUCUUGAACUGGUUCAGUUUGAACGCUAUGAUUUUUUCAUCAUCAUUGCUUUGGAUCGGUUCAGAGAAUGCCACACUCAGCUGGCCAAAGAGAUCAAGAGAAUGGGGAAAAAGUUUUAUUUUGUUCGUUCUAAGAUUGACUUUUGUAUUACUGCUGAAAAGAGGAAGAAGAACUUUGACCUGAAAAAGACACUGGAUACCAUCCGAGCAGACUGUGAAAAUGGGCUGAGAAGGAUCGGUAUAGAGGAUCCUGUCGUGUUCCUGAUCUCUGGUUGGGAGCUCGGCAAGUAUGAUUUAAAUCAGCUGCAGGAGAGGAUGGAGAAAGAGCUUCCACAGCAUAAGAGACGUGUGCUGAUGUUGGCUUUGCCGAAUAUUACACUAGAGAUUGAGAAAAAGAAGAAAGCUCUAGAGGAAAAGAUUCCAAAAGUUGCUUUCCUGUCUGCUUGUGUAGCUGCUAUUCCUUUUCCUGGCCUUUCGAUCACUGCAGAUAUAGCCACCAUAGUAGAUGAGCUGAGAAAGUACUACAGUGUGUUUGGUCUGGAUGAUCCAUCCCUGCAGAAGCUCUGUGAAAGAUCUGGGAAAACUGUAGAGGAACUGAAGAGUCUGAUGAAGUCUCCUCUGCAUCAAGGGAUAAACACAAGUUCAAUAUUAACCUUGCUCGGUGCUGAGUCUUUUCUUAUAUCAGAAGAUGCUGUUGAGUUACUUAUGAGCUUUAUUCCCAUUAUUGGCAGUGUGGUGGCAGGAGGACUGUCUUAUCUGACUGUCUCAAGAAUGCUGAAGAGAGCGCUGCAUGACAUCGCUGAUGACGCUAGGAACGUGCUGAUGGCUUCACUGGAGACUGAAGUGUAGAAAAUGACAAGAAUAUUCAACAGUGUUUAGAACUAAAGGGGGUAUAUAGACAAAAAAAAUUGAUAUUUAAUACAAAAUAUCUAAUAGACAUUUAUGAUAUAGAUUUCACGUUUACAUGUAUUAAUUUAUCUGUUGCUUUUAUCCAAAUCAGCUUACAUUUGAUGUACUGUAAAAUACAGAAAUGUGAUUAAAUGUAUAAAAACUGAUAGAA